UGAAGAAGUGGUUUGGCUUACUGAGUCACUUAGGUGACUAAACCACCUCUUUCUACAUCUAUAAACACAUACGCGACAGCCAUAGCCAUCAACCCACUGUAAUGUCAGCAAGCAUCAAAAUCUCUUCCUCGCAAGAAUUGACAGCCUUUUGGUCCCUUAUAUCUAUCCCCAGCUCUUCCUUUGCAUCAUUCAAUUCGGGCUCCCACCAGCAAUGCAGGAACUCUGUGAUCUCAAGGUUCAUGUCAAUGAGCAGCACACCUUCCUCCUUCAUCAGAGAGUCAUAUGUUCCUUCUCGGGCAAGCUGAAGGAGAUGGUGAGCCAAGAGAGGCAGAGAAGCCAGCCAAAGGGCUCAGGAGUUGGGAUAAUGGAGUUUCCAGGAGGAGCAUGUGGUUUUGAGCUGGUGUCCAGAUUCUGCUACAACAAUGGGAGCAUCGCCAUGACGCCAUCCAACAUCUGUCUCCUCCACUGCUCCGCCAUUCUUCUUGAGAUGACUGAAGAUGUCUCCUCCUGCAAUCUUUUGAGGCAGACGGAGACCUUCUUGGAUGGAGUGUUCCACUGGACAUGGAAUGACGUCCUAACAGCUUUGAAGAGCUGUGAGCCCUUCUUCCCAACUGCCGACUCCUGUGGCCUACUCCAGAAGCUCGUCUCAUCCCUCCUGGCAAAGAUAGCGGCCAAUUCAGAGAUGAUGCCACUCCUGUCGGCAACGCCAUUUCCGUCAUCUUCAUCUUCUUCCUCCUCGCCUGAUACCUCUGGUUUCAGGUGCUCCUCAUCUACCAAGACCCCCGAGCCGAUGAAGCCUUGUUCCAACAGGGAAUGGUGGUUCGAUGACCUCACCAUCUUGGCACCCAGCACCAUAGAAAAGAUCAUGAAGACCCUCGGAGCUUAUGGUACUGACAACAAGAACCUCGUCCUGACCAGGUUUCUCUUGCAUUACCUCAAGACGGUGGUCCAGAGGCCAUGCUCUGGCGUCGGAUGCGGGAACCUUGGUCACUGUAAGGAAGAGUACGGUGGUCUUGCCGACACUGCAGUCCAUGGAGUGGCGCUGAUGGGAAGAACAGCUUUCUCCUGCAGAGGACUGUUCUGGGUGCUGAGGGUGGUCUCAGGCCUGGGCCUCAGCAAGGAAUGCAGGCAGAAGCUGGAGAGGCUGAUGGGACUCGUGCUCGACCAGGCUACACUGGAUGAUCUCUUGGUGUCAGGGCACGAUGGAGGUGUCUAUGAUGUCAACCUGGUGCUGAGGUUGGUUAGAAUAUUCGUGAGCACCGAGGAGGGUGGUGGCGCCUCCUCGCAGAGGAUGAAGAAGGUAGGGAGGUUGACCGACAAGUACCUGGGGGAGAUCUCUCCUGACCAGAGCUUGAAGGUAUCCAAGUUUCUCGAGGUGGCUGAGAGCCUCCCGGAUUCAGCUCGAGACUGCUUUGAUGGAGUCUACAGAGCUUUGGACAUCUACCUCGAGUCACACCCAACGCUCUCCACCGAGGAGCGGACAAGGCUGUGCGGAUGCCUCAACUACGAGAAGCUCACACUCGAGGCCUGCAAGGACCUGGCAAAGAACCCACGGGUGCCGCCGGGAGUCGCCGUCCAAGCGCUGGUCUCGCAGCACUCCAAGUUGAUCAUCGGAACCGACGUGGCCGAACCGUCGCGGACGCCGGCCGCCUCCCCGGAGUCGCCGCAUGAGAAGCAGCAGCUCAAGCUCAGCCUUCAAAGGAUGCAGUGCAGGGUGAAGGAACUGGAGAAGGCGUGCAGGAACAUGAAGGGCCAGAUGUCGAAGAUGGUGAAGACCAAGUCCAUGAACCACAGCAACAGAGGAAUGCCAAGGCUCUGUUGACAUGGAUACACCACAAUGUAGAGUUGUGUUUUUUUGUGAGAGAUUGUAAAUUUGUAGGGAUGAGGUUUAUGAUUUGGGUUUCAGCUACCAUUUCACAUCGGAACAUCUGUCGAACACCAUCAGAGGAAUCUGUAAAGCUUAUAUGAUUGUUCUUACUGUGAAUUCUUAUCAUCA